GGGCUGUUGGAGGGUCACUGUCCGGGAGGGUUGGACCCUUGAAACGGACAUAGUGGGGGCGCCCUGUUGGUUGUUAGGGGAGGAGAGACAAAGAGCUGUGGGGUGCUUCCAGAACACACUUGCUAGACUUAACUGUCCUAGCAUGCUGUGAUACAGGCCCCUGUGUAUGGAGGUGGCCCUGCGUUUCAAGCUGUUUAUAGCUAGAGAAGUCUUUUAUGGCUUCAAGGUCUCAUCUGUAAAAAAGAGGGGGCUGGAUUCAAGGAGUCUGACCAUCCCCACGCGGCGAGCCUGGCAUCCGGGACCCAGUGAGUUCCCGCCCACCCUUUUCCCUCAGGGUUGCUCCGCAUUCGGGCCUGGGAAGAGAGGACGAGGUGUUUCCGGACUCGGCCCCAGGCCGCCCCUGCGUGGCUGUGACGUGUUUCGCCCCGCCUGCCUUGGGUGGUGACGCGAAUGGCCACGCCCCCGCGCUGACGUCACCGGCCCGGUUCCCUCUCCGGGGAGCGACGGCGGACGCGCGGCUCCCACCCCCUCCCCUCUCACGGGUUCUCCCCUCCCCGGUGGCGGCCGCGGCCCGACCCUGUGCUAGGCGAUGGCCCGGGCCCCGAGCGCGGGCUAGCGUGCCUGGGUGCCCGGCCAUGGGCUGUAUCGGCUCUCGGAGUCCGGCGGGUCAGGUGGCCUCGGACCCCGCUUGGGCUGUGGAGUGGAUCGAACUUCCUCGGGGCCUCUCUCUAUCUUCCUUGGGAUCUGCUCGGACCCUCCGAGGCUGGAGCCGGUCCUCCCGCCCUUCCUCCGUGGACAGCCAGGACUUGCCAGAGGUGAAUGUUGGAGACACAGUCGCGAUGCUGCCCAAGUCCCGGAGAGCCCUAACCAUCCAGGAGAUUGCUGCGCUGGCCAGAUCCUCCCUGCAUGGUAUUUCUCAGGUGGUGAAGGACCACGUGACCAAGCCCACUGCCAUGGCGCAGGGCCGAGUGGCCCACCUCAUCGAGUGGAAGGGCUGGAGCAAGCCAAGCGACUCCCCUGCUGCCCUGGAAUCAGCCUUUUCCUCCUAUUCAGACCUCAGCGAGGGCGAACAAGAGGCUCGCUUUGCGGCAGGCGUGGCUGAGCAGUUUGCCAUUGCAGAAGCCAAGCUCCGGGCAUGGUCUUCAGUGGAUGGUGAGGACUCCACCGAUGAAUCCUAUGAUGAAGACUUUGCUGGAGGAACUGACUCAGAGAUGGCCGGACAGCUGCCUCUGGGGCCCCAUCUCCAGGACCUCUUCACUGGCCACCGAUUCUCCAGGCCUGUGCGCCAGGGCUCUGUGGAGCCUGAGAGCGACUGCUCGCAGACCGUGUCCCCAGAGACCCUGUGCUCCAGUCUCUGCAGCCUGGAGGAUGGGUUGCUGGGCUCCCCAGCCCGCCUGGCCUCCCAGCUGCUGGGCGACGAGCUGCUCCUCGCCAAACUGCCCCCCAGCCGGGAAAGUGCCUUCCGUACCCUGGGCCCCUUGGAGGCCCAGGACUCACUCUACAACUCGCCCCUCAUGGAGUCCUGCCUUUCCCCCGCCGAGGAGGAGCCAGCCCCCUGCAAGGACUGCCAGCCUCUCUGCCCGCCGCUGGUGGGCAGCUGGGAACGGCAGCGGCAAGCCUCUGAUGUAGCUUCUUCUGGGGUGGUGUCCUUAGACGAGGAUGAGGCCGAGCCGGAGGAACAGUGACCCAGAUCAUGCCUGGUGGUGGCAUGUGGCUCCUGGCCACCGCUGGGGGCAGAGCCUCUGUGCCCAAGUGCAGGCAAGAGGCUUCCGGCAGAGCUCCAAAGCCUAGAGGGCUCCUGGGAGCGCUCACUCCUCCGUUGUGUGUUUUGCAUGAAAGUGUUUGGAGAGGAAGCAGGGGCAGGUUGGGGGCGCAUGUCCUGCCCCCACUCCUGGGGUUUGCCGGGGGUUGCCCGGGGCCCCUGGGGCAUGGCUACAGCUGUGGCAGACAGUGAUGUUCAUGUUCUUAAAUCAAAAACGCCACAUACACAUUUCCUCCUUGGAUGAUGUGAACCCCUAAGGGGGUGGCUGUGACUGGGCCGUGUGAGGUGGAACAGGAGGGAGCCCGGCGCCCCCGCCCCCUUCCCCACGCCUCUCUCUUCUCUGCUUCUCUCCACCUCUAAGUCCAUGUGCAGUGCUCGAUAGAAUCCCCCUACCCCAGGGUGGGCUGGCUCUUACCCUCCUGGAGCCUAGGCUUGAGCCAUCCCCCAAGGGCCCCUUGCCCAGCUGGGCUCGUGCUGUGCUUCGCCUCUCCAUCAUCUCUAAAUCUUCUUCUUUUUCCUAAAGAAAGAGGGGUUUUGGUCUGUUCUUUCAGUCGGGGUGUUCUCUGGGAGGCACUGGAUUGAUGAAAGCAUCUACUCUCCACCCUUUUCCUGGCCCCUUGUAGGAUGUGUGGGCAGGGUCCCAGCAGCUCCCAGCCUGUCUGGCUGCCCCAUACCCCAGGUUCUCCUUAGAGCCGAGCUGGGAGGGAGUAGGUGGCCCUGGUUGCUGGGGCGCCGUGAAUGACGGCCAUGUUCUUCCAGAGAGGACCACAAGGGGGCCACGCGGGUGGCUGGGCAGCUGUCUGCUGACUCCUGAGCCUGGCAGGAACUGUGCCAACAAGUGACAGUCAUAUGGGAGUGUCUCUCCUUGGGGGAGGAGGAGGGUAGUGCCUUUCUUGGCUAAAUCCAAGGCCAAACUACAGUACCAAGGGCCUCUGCCCCAGCUAGGGUUUGAUAACCGAGCAGUGGCAGCUCUGUGGGUCAGGUAUUCCAUAGACCCAGCUCUGGAGCUGGAUGGCUGUGGGGGCUGUGGGUGGCUGAAGAAUUCGGAGCCUUGUAGGCUUUGGCAGGUGAGACGGCCCAAGGUAAGAACAAGAGCUGAUGGGCACAGGCAGUCUAUACAUAAGUGGCUCAUUAGGUGUUUAUUUUGUUCUAUUUAAGAAUUUGUUUUAUUAAAUUAAUAUAAAAAUCUUUGUAAAUCUC